UUGUAAAGUGUAAACGCAAAGUUGUAGUUGCCACUACACGCGGCGGCUAUCGUCAAUGUUCAACAUGUGCACACUUUAAAGACACCGUUUCCAUAACAACCUCACCCUGCAAACCAUUUCUACCUUGCAACCUAUAUCACAAUGCCCACUUCUCUAAAAUUUUCACUUCUCUUGACUAUGCUGUUUAUUCUAGGUAACACCGUGAAAGGCAAGAAUCAGUGCACAGAUAACUGUGGAAGCGUUCAUAUUCAAUUUCCAUUUUAUCUCAGAAAUAGCAAGUUGAAUCACACAACCGGUUAUCCUACUGGGUUUGAUCUAUCAUGUACUGAUAAAUACGAGACAGUGCUGGAGAUACCUACUGUUCCGGUAAAAUUGUUUGUCAAAGACAUAGAUUACAAAUCCCAACAAAUUGAAAUCUAUAACCCUCAAAGUUGUCUUUCUAGUCAGCUUUUAACACUUGGAAACUCAUCAAUUUCUCCAUUCCAAUUCCAAUCAUCUGGCCUGCGUAAUGUUUCCUUCUUCCAUUGCAGCAAUUCAAUGUCCUGCCCUAUUUUGCAACUUGGAUCUGACGAUGACUUCAUUGAUCCUGAGAUAAUAUCUUGCACCAAGGUCAGUGAUGUUCUUUCCGUCGAUUGGCAGUUGAGUGAUGAUUCCAAGAACACUUUGUUUAUGGAAUGGUUUAAUCCAAACUGUAGUUACUGUGAAGCACGAGGGCAGAAAUGUAAAUGGAAGAAUGGUACCAAAGGUGAAACUGAAUGUUUCAUUUGCCGAACAAACACACUUCCAACAUCAACUGUUGUACUAAUUUCCGCAGGGGCAAUAAUUGGGUCAAUGCUUUUGCUGCUAUUGGUCAUUGCAUUGUUUCGCGUUUAUCGCUAUUAUAAGAUGAAGGGAGAAGACCAGACUAGGAUUGAAAGAUUCUUGGAGGAUUAUAGGGCAAUGAAGCCUACGAGAUUCACUUAUGCUGAUAUUAAGAGAAUCACAAAUGGUUUUAAGGAAAGCUUAGGGGAAGGAGCUCAUGGAGCAGUUUUCAAAGGCAUGCUUUCGCAAGAGAUUCUUGUUGCUGUGAAGAUACUCAAUGACACACAGGUAGAUGGGAAGGAUUUCAUAAAUGAAGUUGGAACCAUGGGAAAAAUUCAUCAUGUCAAUGUUGUUCGCUUGCUUGGAUUCUGUGCUGAUGGUUUCCACCGUGCUCUUGUCUAUGAUUUCUUUCCCAAUGGUUCUCUGCAGAAUUUCUUAGCUCCACCAGAUAACAAGGAUGUUUUCCUUGGUUGGGUGAAGUUGCAACAAAUUGCUGUUGGUGUUGCCAAAGGACUUGAGUAUCUCCACCUAGGUUGUGAUCAUAGAAUACUUCACUUUGACAUCAAUCCCCACAAUGUGCUACUAGACGACCACUUUUCUCCUAAAAUUACUGAUUUUGGACUUGCCAAGUUGUGUCCCAAAAAUCAGAGCACUGUAUCUAUGACUGCAGCUAGAGGAACCUUGGGCUACAUUGCCCCUGAAGUUUUCUCAAGAAACUUUGGUAAUGUGUCUUAUAAGUCUGACAUAUACAGCUAUGGAAUGUUGCUGCUGGAGAUGGUUGGAGGAAGAAAGAAUACAAAUGUAUCGGCCGAGGAAACCUUCCAAGUUCUAUAUCCGGAAUGGAUCCAUAAUUUGCUUGAAAGCAGAGACGUACAAGUUGAUAUUGAGGAUGAGGGAGAUGUUAAAAUUGCAAAGAAACUUGCCAUUGUGGGACUUUGGUGCAUUCAGUGGAACCCAGUGGACCGUCCAUCCAUCAAAACUGUGGUACAAAUGCUUGAAGGGGAGGGAGACAAGCUAAUGGCACCUCCUACUCCUUUUGAUUCUACUGGUUCUGCUAGAACAAAUGCUGUUAUUCCUGCAAGACAUCUGAAUUUCGAGUUGGAAGUUAUUCCUGAAAUACAGUAAAUGAGAUCACUUUUAGAUUCAUCAAAUUUAAUCUAUGCUUUAUGGAAGUUCUAAGAUCGAUGCCAGCACUAUUAGUCCAUUACCCAUAUAAGCUUAUCAAUGUACUUGUAUUUUUCUUAAAUGCUUCUAGGAUCA